AUGAGCCAACAGCAACAACAACAGACAACUACAUCGUCUUUGGGCUCAUCUCGUCCGUCCUCCCAGGUGUCAUCACUCUCGUCCAUAUUGGACAAUUGUGACAGUGAUGACAUGGACUCUCAGAUAUACGACUACCAACACCGCGUGGUCAACAACACACCUUCCACGCCUGAUCACACUGGAAACACUGGCGGCAACACUGGCCAUUCCAACCAUUCAAUCCCCACGCCAACCCCAACAUCUUCCUCCUCCUCGAUGGCCUUCCAAAUGCCCUCCCCCAUCACCAUCAUCUCCAACCCUAACAACAACUCCAACAAUAAUCAUUCUUUAUCUGCCAACAGGACUGGAGGCAACCAAUUCCAUCACAAUGGGGGCGCCGCCAACAUUAAUUAUGCACAAAUCAGCCACGAAAACAUGGGCUGGGACAUCUCUGGACACUUUGAUAUCAUCAACAGCCUGAUCGGUGAGAUGGAGAUCAAGGUGAGCAAAGAGACGCCCUCAAGGAACAUCAUAGACUACAAGAUAUUCAUGUCUCUGAUUGCAAGCCUCAAGGGCAACGUAUUCACCGCGCAAUCCAAUCUUCAAGCGCUGCUCAACGAGAAGGAGACCCAAAUCGAAGACCUUAUCACCGAGUAUUCAAAGCUGAAGAGCAAAGUAAUGCUGGUCUCAUCGUCAUCUUCAUCAUCGUCAUCAUCAGAGAGUAGUGGUCCACCUCCCACUCGAGUUGGUCCACCUACGUCUGCACCACAUGUACAUCAUCAGCAUCAACAACAACAACAACAAGUGUUCUCAUUGUUGGAGUAUGACACGAGCAGUGAUAAUGAGAGUGAUGGAGAGAACCAACGUCAUCCACGCAAGAUGUUAAAGAGGGAGCACACGUCUGGAUCAUCCAAACAUCAACAUAAGCAUCAAUCACCUAAAAAGGAACCUGCUCCAUCCAAGGAACAUGUUUCAAAGUUGUCCAACACCAAGGACAAGGCAAGUGGUGGUGGUCCAAAGGAAGAGGGAUGGGCAUCCGAGGUCUUGAUGAACUUGAUUGGAGUGGCUGGUGGUCCCCAGCUACCCAACCUCAACCUUAGCAACCUUAACAACCUCAACAAUGGCAACAACAGCAACAACUCCACACCAAGCAACACUCCACCUCACUUGUCCAGCGAGUUCCAAGAGAUGGUAGUACCCCAGCAGAGGAUAUCCCUCAGCAACCCCAACCCGCUAAGCAGGUCAUCCAACGGCCAGGCCACACCCAACACCAACACCAACUCCAACUCCAACACCAUCUCCAACCCAAGUGUCAGCCCAAGCUCAAGCUCCAGCGCCAACCGCUUUAACUUUGUGUCGCAGGACACUGACUUUACUCACAGCUCGAGUGAUGAGGAGGAUGGCAAGCCGAAUGAGGGCGCACCCGGCACAGUGGGCCGCAAGAAGAAACGUGGAAAGCUUCCAUCGGAGGCCACGGGAAUCUUGAAGAAGUGGCUGUUUGAGCACAACAUGCAUCCUUAUCCUACUGAGGAGGAGAAGACGCAGCUCACCAGUUCAACACAUCUCUCAUUCAGCCAGAUCAACAACUGGUUCACCAAUGCACGUCGUCGCAUACUGCCGCGCCAAAUGGAUCGCAAGACACAUGGUUCCGGCCCACUCUACUCCCAUUUUCUCCAAGGCUACACUGGUCCAGUACCCGUCUCCGUGUCCAACAACAACAAUCACAACACCAAUCAACAUGUUAUUGCCAACAGCAACAACAACAACAACAACAUUAUAAGUAAUAGCAACAACAGUAGUAAUAUUAUUAUUGGCGUCAAUCCCCAACUCCACCAACUCCACCAACUCCACCAAUCCCCAAUCCAACAACAACAGCAACAACUAACUCCCAUAAAGUGUCAAAAGCUGUUAUAUAUCUAG